AUGCAGACUGCGGGACCGGAUUGGGGGCCUGUGGUGGUGGCCGUGGCUAUGUUCAUUCUCCUCUCGCCUGGUUUACUCUUUCAACUGCCAGCAAGGACGAGGGUCAUCGAGUUCGGGAACAUGUACACGAGUGGGAUCUCGAUUCUCGUCCAUGCGAUUUUGUACUUUUACGAGCUUAUUCCAUUAAAAGAAAAUCACAUUAGCCCCCACCGUGAACUGGAGACCGGAUCAGCCGGUGUAGAUGUGGACGUGGACGGCGAGGAUGAGAACAGCGUAGAGGGCGAAGAAGAUGAGCGUGUGGACGGCAAUAGCCUUGCCGUUGGUCUUCAUGCUUCCGAACUCCAGCUGGCGGUUGUUCCCCGGUAUCUGAAACAGCAGCCCAGGCUGCAGCAGUAUGAAGAGUACAACUCCGAUGAGCACAGGGCCCCAGUCAGCCAUUAA